AUGGCCGCAACGGCCGUCAUCGGAGCACGUCACGCCACGUUCUCCACCUCGGGGCUUCUCCCGGUGCUCGUCCUCGCAUUGCUGCUGCACGCGCCAGGCGCGUCCGCCCGCCACUGGUUUUGGAACGACGGCCUCUUCCGCGUUGCGCCCACACAGGAAACGAUGCCCACCGUCGCGAUCACCGCCGCGCAGCCCGAGGGAGCUUCGGCGGAGGCUGCCGCGACGCCAGCCCUGGCGGCGCCGGCGCCGGCUCCUACGGUAUCGUGCUCCGACGCCCCCGUGGACCCUUUCAUCGUGUCCGGAGCCGCGCCUGACCCGUGCGCUGCGCUGGCAGCGGAACUGGACCUGCUGUCCAUCACGAACGCGUUCGACAAUCACUACGUGUACAAGCACAUCGCGCUGGACUCGCCCGACCAGACCAACCUGCCGAGCACCAUCGAUAUUGUCGCGGAGCUUCGGAAAGUCGUGGCGAACGGCGAGGUGGGGAAGUACGCGCGGCUGGUGGACGCGCACAUGGCGGCGCGGCGGGCGACGUUGGCGCUCAACGACGGGCACAGCAUGUUCGACCCGCACUGCUUCGCUGGCGCCUUCGACUUGCCGCUGCCGCUCGUGGCUGUCGUCGAAAACGGCGGCAGCAAAUCAUUCGCGUUGCGCCGCGCCGAUGUGAGUUACACUUAA